CCUGUCGCAUUGGGCGGAGUAACUAACGUACACUAUGAAUAUGAGUGCGCCUCUUUCCAACAUGGUGUAUACUAUAUUAUUCAUAGUGUUACUGUUACGUAGUAGUGGUAGAUACUGAAUAUAAAAUUGUUAGCUGCCGACUACCUGAGGAUUGAAGUUGUCAUCUAAACACAAAAAUUAUUUUUUGAAGAUGAGACCAGAGAAUAUUGGGUUUGUUGUAUUUCCUGCAUGUUAUUCGUUUCUUGUCUGAAUUUACACCUUGUGAGCCACCACACAAGUAUAAAAAAAUGAAUUUGUUGAAGAUGAGACGAAAACGAGUUGGAUUUCUAUUAUUAAUUACGAUAAUCGUGCUCUUCAUCAUUUAUUCAACACAGAAAUCUUAUAAAGAAGAAGACUGUACAGUAUCUGAAGGUGUUCAGGCAAAGUUGCAAGACUUGACAAAAAAAGUCAUUGAAGUUUUAAAUAUUUUAAAGCUUACUAAUUUUCUUUGUUAUACCAGUCUUUGGGGUGCAUUAAAAUAUAAUGGUCCCAUGCCAUGGCAAAGCAAGCUAGAACUUUGUCUUCUGAAUGAAGAAGUCCUAAAAAUAGAAGAAGCUUAUUUCAUCAAGUCUUUUAAACAGCAUGGCUUGAUUUUGAGUUAUGACAGUGGUAAUGGGGUUUAUCACGUAACAAAUGUUGAUGAUAAUAGUUGUGAAGCUUUGCUUAUUGUGUUCGAAGAAGAUUCUAUAACUCAUCAGAUUCGUAGAGUCGGGUGGAAGAACCGACUUUUGCCACCGGAUUCUUGUGAAGCUCUACACUGUUUUCCACCACAUCUGGUGUCUCUUCCUCUUCCUACACACAACUUCAUGAAGAUGAAGCUCCCUGUACCACGAGAAGAGAUUGAAAUCCAAAAAUAUUUGUUCCCUAACAGUUGGUGGAGAGAAGUUGAACCCCCCAUAUGUAAAAGUUAAUUAUUACAGUCAGAAAUGACCUUAGACUGAGAUUGUAAACUUAGCAUUAUUUAGAGCAGUAACCAAGUGUUUUACACCAUCUGUGUGGUUUAAAUGUUGAUUAGCCGUAGUGAAGUUUGGAAUGCCUUUUUUCUUAAAUACCUUCAGAGCUAGAAGAUAUGGAAAUGUUGCUCAUUCUUUUUGAAAGAAAUUAAUAGUUUAGAAAGCACACACUUUUCUAUGUAAUAAGGCUCUUAGAAAUGAAUAACAUAAAAAUAGUAUUAUAUUAUUGCAUCAGGAUUUUAAAGUUUAAAGAUAAUAUGAAAUAACUGCAUACAGUCUGUUUAAACCAGCUUUUAUUAUUCUAACUUGUACUUAUGAAAAAGUUAAAAUUUGCAUGUAGAUAGUAAGAUAAUCAUGCCUAAUUAUAGAACAUAUUUAUUUCUAUUCAGAUUUUGUUUUUAUAAAACGUGUGUACAAUAUAAAAUGUUUCUUAAAUUUAUGGUAAACUUAGAUAAUCUCGGGUGAUAAUAUUCACGGGUAAUUCAAUCAUUGUAUGAUAAGAUUUGUCAUAUUUUAAUUUCUGGUAUGCUGUAACAUUAUGGUUUGGUUGCAGUGAUACAUGUGUAAUCCAAUAAAACACUCUGUUGAAUUUUGCA